AUGGAAGGUGUGCUGCAAUUCUACAUAAACGUUGAAAAGGAAGAAGCGAAGUUUGAGAAACUCUGCAAUCUCUACGAUACCUUGUGCAUCAAUUCCCAGAGUGUCAUCUUUGUCAACACAAGGCUCAAAGCUGACUGGCUUACUCAACAGAUGCGAAGCAAGGCAUACAUGGUCUCUGCUAUCCAUGGCGACACGGACCAGUUCAAUCGUGACAGGAUUAUGCGAGAGUUCCAUUUUGGCACUUCACCUGUUCUGAUCACUAGUACUGAUCUCUUGGCUUCUAAAAUCAAUGCGGAGGUCGUAUCUCUAGCCAUAAAUUAUGAUUUGCCUACUCAACCAGAACAAUACCGACGGAUUGAAAUGUUCGGAAGAAGUGGUGUUGCCAUUAACUUUGUGACCAGGGAUGAGAAGAGAGUGCUGCACGAUAUCGAGAAGGCUUGUAAUAUGGACAUUAGGGAACUGCCAUUUUAA